AUGACUAGUGGUAUUGACAAGGAUAGGAUGCUAAGUGAUACUGAUCACGAAGGAAAUAGCAUUAUACAUCUCACAGUAAGUCUGGGAUCCCCUCCCAGCACUCCCCUGGUGUUAGGAUGUCCUCAGCGAGCGCAGUAUGACUCUUAUCCAUAUCUCUGGCAACUACAAAAUUCUGAGGGGAAGACAACAGCACAAGUAUUUGAGACGAACCAUGCGAGUGUACACGAAAAGGCUGAGAAAACUAUGAAGGAAAUGGCCAACAGUGUGUUGAUUGUGUCUGUCCUCAUUGGUACCAUAAACUUUGCUGCAGUUUUUACUGUCCCUGGAGGUUUCAAUCAAGACAGCGGAGCCCCGUUUAUCUCAAGAAUGUUGAUGUUCUACUUAGCUGGAGGGCUGUUCUCCUCUCUGUUCACCGUGGGGACUCUGCUUGCGAUUAUCUUUUUGCGAUUUGCAACUGAGGGUUUUUAUGCUGCCCUGCCCUUCAAGUACGUAGUCACCGCAAUUGCCAUGUUCUACUCCCGCGGGCUUCACAAUCGUAGCAUGUUGCCAAGCAUAUAUAGUGGAGCAUGUUGUGCUAUUGUUUGCUUGUCUUCUGAUGGCCCUUGUGUUCCUGGAUACAUCAUAUCUGAUGUUCGACUACAUGUAUUAUGUGAUUCGUUAUUCACUUUCUUAUAG